AUGGGUGCUUCAGGAUUUUCAGGUGGUGGACACUUUUCUCCUAUGAAUUACGGAUCAAAUGCAUCUUCUGGACUUCAUUACAAAAAAGAUGGUGGCUUGGAUAUGCGUUAUAGUUCAUCAAGANAAAGUCUCCGAACAAAAGAAAAUAUUCAAAUUAAGCAGGAGAAUAGUGGAUAUGAGUCGUAUACAAUGCCUCAUAAAAAUAUCAAUAAAUUAAGUGAUACGAACUGCGAAGGAAACGUCAUGGGGGGACCGUUCGGAAUGCUUCAACCGGAUCCUGUCCUCAAGUUUUUACAUGGUUGA